AUGUUUCAUAAUACAAUUGGACAGUUAAAUGAAACAACACAAUUAAUAUUAUCAAAAAACAAUUCUUUUAAAUUAGAAAAUGAAUCAACAUCACCAAAUUUUUAUUUUUAUGCUUUAAUUUUUGGAAUUAUUUUUGUUUGUUUAAUACUUUUUUGUGUUGUUGUAUGCAUAAUCAAAUGGUUACCUAGUUGUUUUAUAAGAAUAAUAGGACUUAGAACAGAAAGAGUAGCAAAUUCAGUUAGAAAAAGUUUUCGAGUUAAGGGAACUAUAUUUAGAAAUAGUAAAACAAAAAGAAAAAUUUUUAAAAGAAAUGAAUACUCAGAGGAGGAAAAAAAAUGUUAUAAAAAAUCAAUUGAAGAUGGUACAAUUAGUGAGGAAGAAAUUUUUAUACCAGUACAUAAUUAUGGAAAAAAAAUUCCCGAAAUACAUAUUAAUUCAACUGGUGACUUAUUAAAAUCUUCAUCAAAAAGAGGAGAUUCAAAAGAAAAAACUAUAGCACAUAAAAGAAAUUCAAAUGAAUGUAGUAAGACAAAAAUUAUACGAGAUUUGUUUACAAUGACUUCUCAUAAUGAAAUUAUGCCUCCAUGGAUGGAACAUCGAAUAACAACAGAUCAAUGUGUUGCAGCAGCAGCAGCAGCAUUUUUAGGGGGACAAAAUGGUAAUGCAAAUAGUAAACAAUUAUCUAAUACAAAAAUGAAUCCACUUGGAGUUUCACUUAUAAGAACAUCUUCUGAUAAAACACAAUCAAGUUUUGGUUCUAGUUUUUGGCAUAAAAUAACACAUAGAGAUAAACCAUCUUCUUUAACUUCUAAUAGUGGAAUUUUAGAUAUACAUAGAAGUAAUACUAUAACAGAAAUUACAGAUAGUCCCGGUAGUGUAGUUUUUUUUGAUAAUGGAACAGAUGAAAAAAAAAAUAAAGAAAUUGAGUAUGAAGAAAGGAGCGUUUUUAAUUAUCAAGUUCCAAGUGAAAAAAUUAAUAAUGAUUGUUUGCGAGGAACAUUAACUUUUCUUCUUAGAUAUGAUUUUAUACAUAGAGUUUUAAUGGUUCAUGUAAUGAGAGCUAAUGGAUUAUUAAUUGGGGAUCGUACAAUUCUUGAUCCAUAUAUUAAAAUGUAUCUUUUACCGGAACGUCGUCAUCAUUGUAAAACACGAAUAGUAAAAAAAUGUGUUGAUCCAGAGUAUAAUGAAAUGUUUUCAUUUGAUGUACAAUAUAAUAAUUUAUCUUCAAGAAUGCUUCAAUUUACAGUAUACAGUUUUGAUCGUUUUACUAGACACGGGUUAAUAGGAAAUGUUAUAAUGCGGGAUUUAUUUGAGAAAAGUGAUUUAUAUAGUUGGACAGAAUAUACAUUACCAAUUGUUGGAUCUCAAGAAAAGAAUGAUUUUGGUGACUUACUUCUUUAUAUUACUUAUAGUAUUAGUGAACAAAAACUUUUUGUGACUGUUGCAAAAGCAUAUAACUUAAGACCUAUGGAUAUAACCGGUGCAUCUGAUCCAUAUGUUAAAAUUGAUCAAAUUUAUCAUGGUAAACGAAUAAAGCAAAAAAAAAGUAGUAUUAAAAGAGCAAAUCUUAAUCCUGUAUAUAAUGAAAAUUUAGAAUUUGAUUUACCAUUACAUGAAGUUAGAGAUACAAAUCUUCUUAUUCAAGUAAUGGAUUGGGAUCGAAUAGGAAAAGAUGAUUUAUUAGGUUGUUGUAUAUUGGGUAAAGAUUCACCAACCAAAGAAGGUUUUAAUCAAUGGUCUGAUUGUUUUUCAUUUCUUGAUGCAACACGUUUUAAAAGUUUUAAUACAAAUAUUGCCAGUGGGAACAUUGUAAUACAUGAUGGUAGUAUAGCUACAAAUGGUUUAAUACCACCUUCAAAUACAUCAGGUCCAAGUUUGUCUGCUUCCCUUAAUACAAACGGUUACUUUUCUACAAAGUCAAUUGGUACAUGGCAUAGUUUAUUAGAUGACAUUCCAGAAAAUUAUAAAGACAUUCCAAAGGCUAAAAAAAAUAGUUUUAAAUAA